UCUGGCAUUAAGACAGUGAAGCAGCAGCAGGCAAGCGUGCUUCCAAGCUUUGAUUGCUCAUGGCUAUGGCUGCUCACCUUCCCAUUCCCAUUUCCAUUCCCAAUCCCAAUCCCAAUCCACUGUAGUGUCUUCUUUCUCAUCAUUUUGUUUGCCUCCAUUCAUACCAAACCUUCUCCAGCUUCUUAUUUGCAGCUUUUGCCCCUCCCUCGCCCAGACAAUUUCCCUUUCAAUUUCUUCCACCUGCACCGUCGCUACUCUUUUUGUCUCUCUCUUUCUAUUAUAUAUAAUAUAUAUACAGGCAGCAGCAGCAGAAGCAGCUAUGGUGGAUUUCCAGGCGCAGCAAUCGAUUUCGUGCUUUAGGUCAUCGAGUAAUCCGUCGUUCUCGUCGUCCUUGCUGGACGCGAUUUACCGGUCGAUUGAUUUGGGGGAAGACGAGGCGGCGGCGGAGGAGGAGGAUAGAAAUACCACGAAGAAUAUGAAGCACAACUAUGGCGGCAGGACGACUGAUCACGAGGAAAUGGCGAAUUUCCGGCGAGCGUGUAUGAUCGAGAAGUGGAUGGAGAAGAAGGUUUCCGAGAAGGUCGAUGUUCGGAAUCGGAAGAACGCCGCCGCCGCCGAUAAUUUGGAAACGGACAAGUUCUGGAGGAAGGAGCUUAAUUCCAGCUCCAGCUCCUCUGAUUCUAGCGGCAGCGGCGGUUAUGGCUUCUUCUCCUCCUCCGACGCUGAAUCCGCUUUCCCCGCCGCCGUCCAGCGGCCGAAACUGGUUCGAACCGGAGUUUUCGCAGUGGAGAAGGAGGUUCAGAGGCCGAAGCCGGUUCGGACCGGCGGUUCUGGGGCGGGGAAGGAGAGAGGCGGCGGGAAUUUGGAGAGUAACUGCCGGCGGUACGGCGGAGAGGGAACGGAGAAGAAUAUUCCGGCGGGAGGAGGAUCGUUUAUGAAGACGAAAUCACGAGCGCUGAAAUUGUACAGCGAUUUGAAGAAAGUGAAGCAGCAGCCGGUGUCUCCCGGCGGCCGCCUCGCCGGAUUCCUGAACUCGCUCUUCGCCGGAGGGAAUAAUCCGGCGAAGCAUAAUAAGUCGCCGGAUUCUUCGUCGGCGGCGAAAUCUGCGAACGCGUCGACUUGUUCGUCGGCGUCGUCGUUCUCGCGAUCGUGUCUCAGCAAAACGCCGUCGUCUUCUCGAGGAAAAUCAAAAUCGUCCACCGCCGGAAAAAGGUCCGUCAGGUUUUCUCCGGUGAGCGUCAUCGUCGACGACAGCGAUGAUUCCCGCCGGCCGUGUGAACGCAACCAGACAUUAAAUUUCAAUCUCCCUACCACCACCACCACCGCCGCUGCCAUGAUCAGGGAAGAGCUGAUGGCGGAAGCAAUGAAGAAAAGCCGGCGAGUGGAGGCGGCCGCCAGAGACCUUCUGAGAAGCUACCACCGGAAAAAUCAAUUCGAGUAUGAAAUUGAUCGGGUGAGAAAACCGCAAACCACAAAUCACAUCUUCCAUGGCGACGACGACGAAGCUGAAGAAGAUGACGCCGGAAGCUGUGGAAGUUCCGAUCUGUUCGAACUGGAGAACCUUUCCGGCAUCGGAAUGGAGGAAUUACCCGUUUAUGAGACGACCCGACCCAUUUGGGAAGGAAUGGUCGAAUAGAAUUACCCGUUUAUGAGACGACCCGACCCGACCCAUUUGGGUAGGAAUAGUCGAAUAGGAUUACCGUUAAUCCAUCCCUAAUCCUGUAAUUAAUUAAUUAAUUAGUUAAUGCAAUUGGGUGGGUAGUUAAAAGUUUUGUUUAAUUUAAUUUAAUUACAGCAGUAACUUGUUAGUGCUACUUCAGUUGAGUUGUGAAUAUAUAUGUUGUCUUUAAAUUAUG